UGCAACCCAUGUCCUUGAAACAACACACCCACUCUUUGACCUUUCUCUCUCUUCAACUUUCUCUCUCUAAAACUACAUACGCUUUAACCCUUCCCCAAUCUCAACCUCCAAAACACCUUCAACAAACACUCAAAAUCACCUUCACAUAUCCAAAAUCCUUCUGGAUCUGCUCCCAAUUUCUCUCCUAAACCUAGGGUUUCUUACCAAUUCGUCAAACACUUCUUCAAAUCAGGUCAAAAUUGAGCUAACAUGGGUUACCAGAAUCCAGAAUUAGGUCCUGAUUGAAGCGAAAGUAACAAUUUUCUGCGGAAAUUGGGGAUUUUUAUAAGUUAGUGUAGUUGUUGAGGAUUCUAGGGUUUCUGAAGAAGGUGUGUAUGAAACUAUGAAGGAAGGAUGUUUUAUUCGCAGUUUAUAUUAGCGAAAAAGGGUCCGUUAGGGACGAUAUGGAUCGCGGCGCAUCUCGAGAGGAAGCUUAGGAAAAAUCAGGUUGCUGAUACUGAUAUUGGUGUCUCUGUAGACUCAAUCCUAUUUCCCGAGAUGCCUAUUGCACUGCGGUUGUCCAGCCAUCUGUUGCUUGGUGUGGUUAGGAUUUACUCAAAAAAGGUCAAUUACCUUUUUGACGAUUGCAGUGAGGCUUUGCUUAAAGUCAAACAAGCUUUCCGGUCAACUGCUGUGGACUUGCCACCUGAAGAAUCUACUGCUCCUUAUCACUCAAUAACCCUGCCAGAGACUUUCGAUCUAGAUGAUUUUGAGCUGCCCGACAAUGAUCUGCAGGGUAAUUAUGUUGAUCAACACAUCAGUUCAAAGGACCAGAUCACACUUCAAGAUACUAUGGAGGGCGUUGUUUAUACUACAUCUAAAUUUGGACUUGACGAGAGAUUUGGUGAUGGUGAUGCAUCUGGUUUAGAUCUUGAUGAGGAACUAUUGGCCGAGAAGGCUGCAACGCCUGAACUUGCUACUGGUACAUUGAAUUCAGAUGAUGAUCCUCAGGCAUCUGUCCAUGCUAAUGAUAGUGGUGGCACUCCAAAUUAGGUCCAUAAAAGAACUUGAAAUUACACACAUGAUUAGUGUGUAAU